AUGGAGAACAAUCAGAUUACUAUGUUCAGGUCACUUAAUGCUCAUUCCACCAACUAUAGCAUCAAAGCUAAGAUCAUAUCCAUGUGGGAUAAAAAAAUGAAUGGUUAUGAUAACCAGAUCUAUCGAGUUGACAUGUUGUUGAUGGAUGAAGAGGGUUCGUUCAUUCAAUGUAGCUGUUUACAUAAGCUUUUCAAACGGUUCCUUAAGUUUUUGGUAGUUGAUGACUGUUUGUUGAUUCAUAAACCAUCUCUAGCCAAAGAUACAACCAAGAUUAAGGUUACCGGAAAAGAUCAGAAGCUAUCGUUGUAUGCUUUCAUGUCUGUUCUAAAAACUGAUAACUGGUCUGGUCCUCGGUACUUAUUUAAAUUCACUGAUUUUAAAUCUGUGUUGAGUAAAAAAGUUAAAGUGAAUACACCAAUAGAUUUCAUCGGUUAUUUGGUUGUCUCAUAUCCUAUUGAAGAUGCAAAUAGGAAGGAUGGAUCUAAAACAAAACGAAUGAACAUAACCUUAAAGGAUCUCGAAGAUCAGAAGAUUAGUGUAACGUUGUGGGAAAAUUAUGCAAUCACUUUGUCAAACUACAUGAAUGAUAAAAACCGCCCUGCUCAUGUCGUUAUAGUUGUUCAUUUUGGCACAGUGAACAUAUAUCAAGGUAAAGUUGGCCUUACUAACAUGUUUGAAGCAAGUCGUGUCUUCAUAAAUUCUGAUAUUCAUGAGAUAAAAAGAAUUCAAAGACAGGAGUUAUCUAAAUCAUCUUCAAGUAAACAGUCAUGCUCUCAAGUGAUAUCGAAUACAGAAGAUGAGUUUCUAAAUGCUGAAGAUUUUGUGUUGACCGGUUUUAUUGCUUCAAUUGAUGUGGAGAAAAAGGUUAUCAUUGUUGGUACUGUUAUAGCAAUUUCAAAUGAUAAGCCUUGCUUUGACGUAUUGGAUGACAAGUCUUUUGAGUGUAUAAACCCAGAUUGUGAUGCUGUUGACAUUGUUCCUGUUCAUCGAUACAAGAUACCUCUAAGGGUUCAGGAUUCCACUGGAACCGUUUCCUGUACGUUGUUUGAUUAUGAAGCUAUUAAGCUUUUGAAGAAAACCUCAAAAGAACUACUUGAUAUUUACUCGAAGGUUGACACUUCCACCGAAGGAUCGUUUCAGUCUCUCCCAUCUAAGUUUGAUUCUGAUGUGUCUGAGUCAAAUGUUCAAUGUUUGUCCGAAUCAGUUGGUAAUGUGAAAGGUUUAUCAAAGGAAUCUCAAUCUGUGAUGGGUGACAGUGUUACGCUAGAUCCUAUAGAUGUUAAUGAUCAAGAUCCGUCAAAGUUCGAAAACAUUAAACGUAACCUUGAAGAUGUUUAUGAUGUUGAUGCUGUUGAUAGCUCUUCUACUAAACGUCGUAACAGUCCUGGGAAUGAAAUGCUCCAAGACCAAGGUUUGUUCAUUUCUUCGUCUGUUUUGAUGGAGUUGUGGCCGCGUGAACUCAUUGAACUUUAUGGCCUUCAUGAUCAACAAGCAAGUGAAGAAAACUUAAACGUUAUAGAGGAAAUGGUGGUGAUUGAAAAUGGUGAACGUACUGUUUAUCAAGUUUAUGAUGAUGACACUUAG